AUGGAUGCCAAUCCGCCGGGCGUGCCCGUCGCGUCCUCAGGAUCGGCCCCCCGCAAGGGCACCACCAAGCCCUACGACCCCAACAGGUUCUACUGCCCCUUCCCCGGCUGCAACCGCUCCUUCGCGGAACUCUGGCGCCUCAAGGUGCACUACCGCGCCCCGCCGGACGUGCGCGGCUCGGGCAAGGAGCGCGGCCAUGGCGCGGAGCUAGCGGGCUGCCCCAAGUGCGGGAUGGAGCUCAAGCCGGGGAAGCACCACGUGGGGUGCUUCGGCGGGCGGGGCGGCAGCCGACAAGGCCGGCGAAAGGGAAACCAGCCGUCAAAGGGCGACCUCACGCAGCUGACCAGCCAGCUGGGAGAUCUGCUCCCCGGCAACGACAGCAGAAAGAAGGCCAGGACGGGGAUGCCGCCUGUGCUGGGGAAGCAGCCAGCGCCCGAGGCGCCCCUCCAACAGCCGACGAUUCAGUGGCAGAGUAUGUACCCAUGCGCACCUGCCACUGCCGUUCACAUGCCAACUACAGCCUCCGUGGUCCCAUCGGGGCCCUUCUUCAUGGACUUCUCGCAGUUCUCAACACCAAUAGCGGAUUCGGCUGCCUUUGGUCGCCCCCUGGCCCAAGUGGCUGAGCCAGUCAGUGAAGAACGCAACACGUUCUCUUCCUACGUGUGCGGUAAUGCAGGGGAGACACCUGUCAUGGCCACCGCGAAUUUUGCCUACGACCCGGCUUUUUGGCAACAGUUGCAUGCGCAACACGGCCAGCACCCUGUCGUGACCCACUGUGGUGCCCUGGCGCCCAACCAGAAGGAAGAACUGUUGCAGGGUCUGCAGGAAGACCAGGUUGUGGAUAUGGGCAGUAUUUUUGACGUCCAGAGCGUUUUCGACUCCAUGCACAACUCUGGUCUGCCUGGCAACACCCAGGGGCAUUUGCCUGACACCGUGGAGAAGAUAGGGUGCUUAGGCGCGGCUGAUGAUUUGACUGCCCGGGAUCGCGGCAGGAAUCCUUGGCAGCCCGAACACUUUGGGAUGAGGGACAGGCAUGCUUCAGUAUAUCCGGGCGUACGGAUAGGCCACCAGCCAUCUGAAACCGGUGACCUAGCGGCUGCCAAUGACGUUUUGUUCACAGUCCCAGGGGCCAUGGAGCCCAUGGCUUUCGCUCUAUCUGACAUCAAUGCGCACAAGGACGUUUCUGGGUGA